CUUCUUUGAUUCGUGAUCCAAACUUAACCGCCGCCAUAUUGAAAAUCUGGAGAACGUCGUCUGCUGCGUAUAGUCUGCUGGGGCUUGCGCAUUUUUUUGAGGAAAAAUCAUUUCAUCGAUAGAAGGCGCGACACACUUCAGCUUUUGAACUUGACACUUGGGACGCAAUGACUUUGGCAUGAAAAAGAAAUUCAGUUUUCGGCCGAUUCGGCAAAAAUGAAUCUAAAUUCGAUCGAAAAUGCACUCUCGGCCUAAAAUUAAGUGUGGAAAAUCUAGGCGAUAAGCAAUAUUCUAGCAUCGAAAGGUCAUGAAUCUUCCUCCGCUGUUCGGCCGCGAAUUUCCCUCCUACGAAAGAGAAUGUUACGACAACCGCGUGGACGUCCUAUGGUACCAACCAGCCUUCUCCCAGAGUCAAUAUCCACCAGGACAGGAGGGGAGCGAAGCGUGCACCCUAAUAUGCUUGUUAGUGGCGCAGGGUAUAUCCCAAAACGAAAUAAUUUUGUGGGAUGUCGAUGACUACUGGGAUCUUAGCGUGGUUAUUGCCCAAGCCAUAGCUGAAGGGAAUAGGACUCACGCAUGGAUAAUGAGACAAGGACUUGUUGCUUACGCUUAUCUAAACACUGAAGAAGCAUUAAAAUAUGGCGGUAGCUCGCUAAAGUUACUCAGAGAAUGGACUUUUCAUGUUUAUCACGAAGAUAUAAGGGAAAGAUUAUUCCAAAAUAUACAGUUUCAUCUCAGGAUUUGGUACGAGCAGCCAAAAAGUGAAAACUUAUUCAUGCUACUGAUAGCCAGUGGACGUACCAUUUUAUUUACCUUCCAAGAAAAGACGUUCAAGGUAACGCUGUUUGAUUCGCACACACAUAAUGCAAGCGGACUGCCGCCUCGAGGCCUGGUAGUUGCUCAGACAAGUUUUGACCAUUUACGGUCUCUCUGCGAAUGGUAUAUGCGACACGUAUUAACCAACUGCUACAAGAUUUGUCCAGCUCAGUAUGAGCUCGCCUUUGUAUACCAUGUUGAAUCUAAUGGCCACCGAUACCAGACCUCCCAGUGCAGUUGCCAGAGGUUUUGAAUGACUGAAAAUUGAUCUAACCAUGGAAGUUGGAAGGAGGUUCUGGACUUUUCAAUCCAGACAAAAAAAAAAAAAAAAGAUCCAUUGUAAAACCAUAAAAAUAAACCCAGAUGAAAGCAA